AUGACUCGUAUUUGGGUAAACUUCUUCUUUCACUUUUUCAAUACAACAUUGGUUGGUUCUGCAUCUUAUCCACUUACACUGACUAAACCAGUGCAAGAAUAUACGUCAAUACGUGGGCGUGCGAAUUAUUCAGGUAUUGCUAAGGAUGUUGCGGAAGUGAUUUCGAAGGUGAGAAGAAGUGUGAAGUUCCUGAUGGAUAUGGAAUUGAUAGAUGUUGAAAUCCGGAUGGAUAAAUCCGGAUGGAUGAAUCCGAAUCAACAUAGAUUCUUUCUUACCCUCGUUAAAAAUUUAACAUAUUCGUGUACUAAAAUGUUUGAAAAAGGUAAUUCUGUGAUUGUGUAUUAUCUGAAAUUCAAUUAUGCAAAAUUUCUCGAAAUGAAAGUCAAAAUUCACCAAAAAAUCCGUCGUUUUGAUAAUCGAAAGUGUCAUACGCUUCUUUGUGAUGACACUAUUAAUACCAUCAACAACGGAAUCCCAUACAUCAAAUUCGGGACUGUUACCAGUAUUACUAACAACUUGAGUGAGAGUAACGAACAUCCAAUAACAAUGCAAUACAUGAAGGAAAAUUAA